UGUCUUCCAUCGCCGCGCGUCCUCUGCGCGGUUCACCGCGGCGUUCCCUCCCACUACUUAAGCCCCCGUUCUCUCUCUCUCUUUAUCUUCAACUCAUAACUCACUCUCUCACAGCUCCUCUCCUCCUCCUCCAUGGACUCCUCCGACAGCUUCUCCACCUCCGCUUCCUCCUCAUCCGACCACGCGCCCUCCCCUUCUUCCUUCUCCUCUUCGCCUUCCCCCCCUCCCAAGCGCAAGUCCGGCCGCAAGAAAUUCCGCGUUACUCGCCACCCCGUCUACCGCGGCGUCCGCGAACGCAACGGCGGCAAAUGGGUCUGCGAGGUGCGCGAGCCCCGCACCAAAACGCGCAUAUGGCUCGGCACCUACUCCGCACCGGAGAUGGCCGCCCGAGCACACGACGUCGCGGCGUUAGCCCUUCGCGGAAAAUCCGCUUUUUUGAACUUCCCGGACUCCGCCUGGGCUUUGCCCGUGCCGCGUUCGACCCGGCCCGACGAUAUUCGGCUGGCCGCCGUCAAGGCAGCCGAGAUGUACAAAACGCGGCCGGCGGCGUCGACGGUGCUUUCGUCUCUAGCGCCGCCUUCGGUUGCAGUGUUGGACGAGGAGGAUGUAUUCAAUAUCCCGGAACUGAUGAUGGAAAUGGCGGCGGGAAUGCUGAUAACGCCGCCGGGAAUGGUGGGGGGAUUUGACUGGGAUGCGGCGGAGCUGGUGGAGGAGGAAAUGCCGUUGUGGCAACAUGAUUUUUGGAAUUAGUUGUAGAGGAUUAAUGAACACACACAAAAACACACAAAAAAAUAUAAGGAUUUGUGUUGAGAUUAGUGCUAUCAAUGGUUUGCACUAAUUUUGAUGUAAAUUAAAGUGGGUUUUAUUAGUCUUAAUUUAUUUAGGUAAUUUUUUUUCUUAAUUAGUGAUAUGCAAAAUGAAAGCAUUAGAUAGAGAAGGAAAAUUUUG